AGCAAGAAAAACAAGGGGCUUAUAGGUAUCUUCAAUACAUCGACCGAGAAAAGACACACGAUCGAUCAACUUUGUCUUAAGAGUCCAAGUAAAACGUGAGAAGAAAAAAGGAAUUCCUCAUAAUGUUUUCAUCGACGACAACAUUUACGCGGUGUUCCAAUCUGUUUCUCUCUGUCUCAAUCCCACAAGAGAAAGUCCCAGAACAAAAGAGAAAAAAAACAAGAAAUCACCCUCUUCAUGUCCCUUGUGUAUCUAGCCUCAGACAUCCAUCUGCCUUUGUUUUCCAGCCUCUAACCAUGGACUCAUCAGACCCGCCAUUUCAAGAAACCUACAAAACCCUCUUCAAGAAGUUACCCAACAAAGCCCCGACCGCGCCCGUCGCCGCCGUCGAGGAGCGCGACCUCCCGGUGAUCGACCUCGGCCGGCUGAGCCUUGGUGAGGAGGAGAGACGCGGGUGCAAGUUGGAGAUCGCGAGGGCCUCACGGGAGUGGGGGUUCUUCCAGGUGCUGAACCAUGGGAUUUCACGAGAGAUCUUGGAGAAAAUGAGGGAGGAGCAGAUCAAGGUGUUCCGAGAGCCGUUCGAGAAGAAGACAAGGGAGGACAAGUACUUGAAUUUCUCGGCUGGGAGCUAUCGGUGGGGGACUCCUUCGGCGACGUGCUUGCGGCAGUUGUCGUGGUCCGAGGCUUUCCACGUCCCUUUGAGUGAUAUCAUCUCCGGCACAAGAGGCUGCAACAGCACUCUCAGCUCGACAAUGGAAAAAUUUGCUGGGACUGUAUCGAACCUAGCACAGAGAUUAGCCGAGAUCUUAGCAGAAGAACUGGGCCACAAAUCCACCUUCUUCAUGGAGAAUUGCCUGCCAAGCACUUGCUAUCUGAGGAUGAACAGAUACCCACCAUGUCCAAUCUCACCCGACGUGUUCGGACUGAUGCCACACACCGACAGCGACUUCCUCACGAUCCUGCAUCAAGACGAGGUGGGGGGUCUGCAAUUGGUUAAAGAUGGGGAGUGGAUCGCUGUUAAACCUAAUUCAGAUGCUCUCAUCAUCAACAUCGGCGACUUGUUUCAGGCAUGGAGCAAUGAUGUGUACAAGAGCGUGCAGCACCGGGUGGCGACCAACUCGAAAUGGGAGCGGUACUCGACCGCGUAUUUCCUCUGCCCGUCGUACGACACCGUGAUCGAGAGCUGCAACUGUCCUCCCGUCUACCGGAGCUUCAGCUUUAGAGAAUUUAGGCGACAGGUCCAAGAAGAUGUACAAACACUGGGUCUUAAGGUCGGGCUUCCCAGAUUUCUCGUUUAAAAGCUGAUGAAAUUUUUGUGUCUGGAUGCUGUCCUUUAUGAAUUGACUAGCUUAUUAGCUAGUGAAUAUUAAGAAAGUAUAAAAAGGAAAGGUACUCGAAGAGAAAAGGAAAAAAAAGAAAAUACAUGGAAGGAUUUGUACAUGUAGAUUUGGAAGUUCAAGAAAAUUUAGGGAGCUAGAGGAUAAUUUGCUUAUAGUUUUUUAGCAUAAGUUUGAUAUUGGUUUGAGAAUCCAAUUUCUGUCUACGUAUCAUUAAUCUAUUGUACAGGGAACUAGGGUUUUUGCAAUUUAACAUGUAGCUUGUUUUCAA